GGUGGGACUGGGAGCUGCAUCUUGUACUGGUGGCACUGGGAGCUGUGAUUUUGGACUGGUGGGACCAGGAGCUGCAUCUUGGUGGCACUGGGAGCUGUGAUUUUGGACUGGUGGGACUGGGAGCUGCAUCUUGCAUUGGUGGCACUGGGAGCUGCGUCCCGUACUGGUGGCUACUGGGAGCUGUAGUCCACGUGUACAGGUGGCACCGGGAGCGGUGCUGCUGGGCGCACCGGUGCGUGCUGGGACCUGCGACCCGGUGCACCGACUCGGCGACAUGGGGGGGAUGCAGUCACUGGCGCUGCCCUUGGGGAAGGGACCUCACCAGGUGGGCUGCACGGAUGUCAUGGUGGGACACACGCGGCAGGGGCUCUUCCUCCGCCUCUUCUACCCCUGCCUGCCCCGGGCAGGGGCCGAGCACCCGCUCUGGAUCCCGCGCUACGAGUACUGCGGUGGGCUGGCCGACUUCACCGGCCGCAGCCGGCGCUGGUGCGCGCUCCUGCUCAGCGUCGCCAUUGGCUCCUGCAGAGUGCCGGUGAGCUGGAACGGGCCUUUCAAGCCCUGCAGCAGCGGGUACCCACUGAUCAUCUUCUCCCACGGCCUGGGAGCCUUUCGGACCCUGUACUCCUCGGUCUGCUCGGAGCUGGCGUCCUGGGGCUUUGUGGUGGCAGCGCUGGAGCACAGGGACCAUUCUGCCUCCGCGACGUAUUUCUGCACGGCGGAGGCUGGGAGAGAGGAGUGGAUCCCCUACCAACAGGUCCCCCAAGGGCAGAAGGAAUUUUAUUUCCGAAACAAGCAGGUUCAUCAGAGAGCGGAGGAAUGCGUGCGAGCACUCCGGCUCUUCGAGGACAUCAGCAGCAGUAAAUCUGUCCCCAACGUCCUUCCCCAGGACUUCGAUCUCUCCGUGCUGAAGGACAGCACUGAUCUGACCAAAGUCGCCGUCAUGGGCCAUUCCUUUGGCGGGGUGACAGCGGUGCUGGCCUUGGUGAAAGAGCCCAGUUUCAGGUGCGCGGUGGCUCUCGACGCCUGGAUGUUCCCCCUGGAGAACGCGCUGUACCCGGAGGUGCCCAAGCCCGUGCUCUUCAUCAACACCGAGAAGUUCCAGACGCCAGAAAGCGUCGCCAAAAUGAAGAGGCUGAGCUCCAGAAACAGCCAGACGAAGAUUAUAACUGUCCUGGGAUCCGUGCACCAGAGCCAGACCGACUUCACCUUUCUCACUGGGAAGCUCAUGAACCUCAUCUUCAGAGCGAGGGGGACCCUCAACCCCUACAAGGGUCUGGACAUCACCAGCCGGGCGGCUCUGGCCUUCCUGCAAAGGCAUCUCAGUACGGCGCGGGGUGAAGGGCACAUUGGCCGGGGGCUCGGGAGGGCAACGAGAGCUCCCCCGCUCGCGGGGGGGCUGCGGGGUGGCCGCUGCCUCGCUGGGCUUGGCUUUGGUGCUUCCCAUCCCCUUGCACAAAGCAAACGUGUCUGGUGACUGCUCCUUCUUUACGCCUGGAGCCGGGCUGAUAAUCGUUGUAGUAAUCCGGUCACCGUCUCUGCCCCGCUCAGACCUGGAAGAGGAAUUCAAUCAAUGGGACAACCUCCUCGAAGGCAUCGGAGAUUCAGUUGUUCCGGAAGCACCGUUCUGCUGUCCCAAGCUGUAGCCUGCUCCGAGGUCGCU